GCGGACAGCUUGGGGGGCUUUAACUCGGUGGGGAAUUCAAGUUGUGAGCAGUAAAUAGGUACACCUUCCGAUUUCCAGACAUCAAUCUCAGUGUACGUAGACCCUAGAUGCCACAACCAUGCCGAGACCAUUCAGCAAGAUACGGUCCGCCGCCAUCGACGGCCGGGCCCUCAACCCCAUCUUCCGCAAGCUCCAGCUGAAGCAGCUGCACGAUGCGCUCUCGGACAAGGCGGCCGAGAUCCAGGAGGCCAUCGCAACCGACACUGGCCACACACGAGCCGAAGUGCAGAUCGAGUACUGGCUGGCUCUGCGGCAGCUGAGCCAGGCUCAUGCCGCUCUCGACCCCAAGAAGGCCCUCCACGACGAAUAUGCCGUCUCCAGAGGCGAAAGCGCCUCGCAGAGGGAAGCGGUCGGCAUCGUGGUCAUCCACCCUGCCAAACACGCCUUCUUCUCAUGCCUGAUGUCCGCGCUCGUGCCCGCCCUGGCUUCCGGGAACUGCGUGGUUGUCGAGACGGAGCAAUCCCUCCUGCGCACCCCUCCGCUGGUCCUCGACCUGAUCGCGCACGCGCUGGACCAGGACAUCUUCGACACCGCGCCCGCGCCCAUCAGCGAAGCCGACCUCGGCCACCCGCACGUCCGCGUGCUGCAGAACGGCAGCGACGACGCGGCGCCGCGCCUCGCGCACCGCCUCGUCUCGGACCCCGAGGCGCGCGUCGUGGCGGUCGUCGAGCGCGACGCCGACCUCGACUUGGCCGCGCGCGAGCUCGUGCGCGCGCGGUUCGCCCUGCGCGGCCGGUCGCCCUACGCGCCGGACGUGGUGCUGGUGAACGAGUGGGUGAAGCGGGAGUUCCUGGAGGCGGCGCUGCGGCACGCGGUGAGGGUUGGGGGGCCGGGCGGUGGUGGUGGUGGUGGCGGCGGGGAGAAGACGGGUUUGCGGAUGGGUCUGGGGCCGCAGGGGCCGGUUGCGGACGCGGUGAAGAAGGAGCGCGGCGUCAGCGUGCUGUCGUGGAGCGCGGCUGGGGCGGUGGUGGAUGUAGAGGAUAGAAAGUCGCCGCUGCUGCAGCGGAAGGUGCAGGAGAGCUGUCUGCUCGUGCACGCCGUGACCAGCAUAGACGACGCGAUUGAUUUCUCGCAGGGCAACCGGCGACUCGGAGCGGCCUAUGUCUUCACCAAGCCCUCGGCGGCGAAAUACAUCUGCCAGUUCCUCGACAGCCCCAUGUCCUUCGUCAACCAUGUCCCAACGAGCCUUCUCUUCCUGACCAUGGCCCCGUCCAACACGCCCGUCGACCCCAUCUCCUACGCCCCCUACAGCGAAGAGACCUUCACGCGACCAAAGGCGCAAUUCGCCAGCCCGUCCGCGCAAGAGACCGUCCUGGCCGGGCUUCUGCUGCAGCAGCAAGGUGCAUCGGAACAACUGGCCGCCCUGGUCCACGAGUCGACCGCCAAGUUGCCCGUCUUCAAGCGGUCCAAGGUGGCCUUGACGCACUUCUUCAACCAGGGUAUCCUGACCGGCGGCCUGCUGCUGCUAUCGACGAUGUUGGGCGUCACGGGGGUGUGCACGUACUAUGGUUUUGGGCUCGUCAGGAGUCGAUUGCUCCACGGUCUGUAGAGAGAUGUUCAACUGUAAAAUGGAUGCGGAACAAGAGCUAUUGUAAAAGAAAUAUCCUCCUUUGCCCUUUGCUCAGCUUCAAACAGGGUUGUGCUACAUGAAGUGUAAUGCUCGACUCACGUCUCGUGGUAUUGAUCGCUAGUCUCAA